CAUCGACAUUUUAUUUUGUACCUGAACAGACGACUCCCUCUCAAAUUUAAUUUCAGUUUAUUUUGUGUAGCCCGAUAUCACAAAUCACAAACUCCCCUCAGAGGGCGUUACAAUCUGUACACAGACAUCCCUGACCUUUGACCUUUGACCUCACAUCGGAUCAGGAACAACUCCCAAGAAAUAGAAAACAGCCCGUCAGAGGGGGGGAAUCAGGGAAUACAACAUAUUAAAUAAAUACCCACAAUUACACACUUUAAUUAUACUGGUGAUAUGUUCCAGUUUGUAUUCACACAAUGUUAAUAAGCCGACAGCCUCUCAACCAACAGGAGACCUCAGUUCAGGGUUCAGGCCUUUAAUGGGCCUUUCACUCCUGCAUUUUAUUUAUUUAACUGCAUUGCAACUUGUAUUCUAUUCCUUUCUUUUUGACUUGUCUAAAUUGUUUUAAAUCGCCUCGUUGUUGAAAUGUGCUAAACAAAUGAACGUGAAUAAGGGCUUAAUGAGGGUCACGCUGACACUACCUCCUCCGGUGCAGCAGGUGGCGCUGCGCUUCCUACAGGAGCCGGGUGCGCGCUACAUUAAAACAGCCGAAGAAGAAGGACGCUGCAGCCGCCUUGUUGCCGUGGUUCCGGCGGUUCUGUUGGGUCGAGCUGUCACAGGAGCUCCCGCUCGGCUAACGCGUCGGUUCUGUCAUGUCACCGCGGGGCUGCUGACCGGUUCUGGUUCUGUUGGGUCGAGUCGGGGAUAGAAGUCCGAGCGCGAGAGCUCACGAGAGUGAGAUGAAAUGACAACGUCCACAUUACAGAAAGCCAUCGACCUGGUGACCAAAGCCACCGAGGAGGACAAGGGGAAGAACUACGAGGAGGCGCUGCGUCUGUACCAGCACGCCGUGGAGUACUUCCUCCACGCCGUCAAAUAUGACGCCCACAGCUACAAGGCGAAGGAGAGCAUCCGGGCCAAGUGCAUGCAGUACCUGGACCGGGCGGAGAAGCUGAAGGACUACCUGAAGAACAAAGACAAGCCGGGCAAGAAGCCCGUGAAGGAGGCGCAGAGCAAUGACAAGAGCGACAGCGAGGGGGAGAACCCGGAGAAGAAGAAGCUGCAGGAGCAACUCAUGGGUGCCAUCGUGAUGGAGAAGCCCAACGUCCACUGGAACGACGUGGCCGGACUGGAAGGAGCAAAGGAGGCUCUGAAGGAGGCCGUGAUCCUGCCCAUCAAGUUCCCUCACCUGUUCACAGGUACUGCUACAGGCCGCUGCAGGUACUACAGGUACUACAGGUACUACAGGUACUACAGGUACUACAGGCUUCUACAGGUACUACAGGUACUGCAGGUACUACAAGCUUCUACAGGUACUACAGGUACUGCAGGUACUAGAGGUACUACAGGUACUACAGGCUUCUACAGGUACUACAGGCUGGUGAAGAACCUGUUUGAUCUGGCUCGCCAGCACAAGCCGUCCAUCAUCUUCAUCGACGAGGUCGACUCGCUCUGCGGCUCCAGGAACGAGAACGAGAGCGAAGCCGCCCGCCGCAUCAAGACGGAGUUCCUGGUCCAGAUGCAGGGUGUGGGAAACAACAACGACGGCAUCCUGGUGCUGGGAGCCACCAACAUCCCCUGGGUGCUCGACGCCGCCAUCCGCAGGAGGUUUGAGAAGCGUAUCUACAUCCCUCUGCCGGAGGAGCCGGCCCGCUGCCAGAUGCUCCGCCUCCACCUCGGCAACACGCCGCACAGCCUGAGCAACGCCGACCUGCGGCAGCUCGCCCACAAGACGCGCGGAUACUCCGGCGCUGACAUCAGCGUCAUCGUGCGGGACGCCCUGAUGCAGCCGGUCAGGAAGGUCCAGUCUGCCACCCACUUCAAGAAGGUUCCCGGUCCCUCUCGGAGCAACAGCCAGGUGAUGGUGGACGACCUCUUGACCCCGUGUUCCCCCGGUGACCCCGCCGCCAUCGAGCUGACAUGGAUGGACGUGCCUAGUGAUAAGCUGCUGGAGCCCAUCGUGUGCAUGUCGGACAUGCUGCGCUCGCUGUCCACCACCCGGCCCACGGUCAACACCGAGGACCUGCUGAAGGUCAAGAAGUUCACGGAUGACUUUGGAAUGGAGGGCUGAGGGACCGCUGCACCUCCCCCGCUCCACGAGGAGGCGCAACCUGCCCCCAACGAAGCUCAUAACACCCCCACACGCCCCUCCCUCCACCUCGAUGCUCAGCCGAGCGCUUGGUUCUCUGCCUCCUCACGGAUUUCAAAAUAAAGGCCCGGUCCGUUUGACUCAUCCAGGCCGCAGAUUUUUUUUUAAUCCUUGGAGGGAGUUGACCUUUUGAAUCUGAACGUGUGUUCUCGUGACUGAAGGACAGAACCGGACCUCAUAUUUAUUUCCCCGUGUGCACUUUGCUCACAACGAAGGACGCCAACGUGUGAAGAAAGAGAAAAAGAAGAAGAGUUCUCCACCUAAAGUGUUUUUAUUGAUGUUUGUCUGUCACUUGAAGACUUGAGUGACUCGGCGCCGCCCGCCGCCCCCCCCCCACAGCGCUCCGCCUCGUCUCUACAGUGCAGGAGGAGCGAUGCGUUCAGGGCCACGCGUCACACGUCCGCCAUCCAAAAACUAUUUAGAAGCUCAGAUGUAAAACCUCUCGUGGUUUUUUUAAAACAUUCAUUGAGCAGCUACUCUGGAGCUUUAUGUCCCGUGAUCUUCCUCAUCCCCGGUGACUUGACGUUAACGGUGGAUAAACGUUGUGCGUCUGUGCCGAGGCGUUUCCAUUUCAUCACGUCUUCCUGCCGUGACGGAGCUCUAUUCAUACAACUUGACUGGCUGCAGAGAUCGUUUGUUUACACUUGAAGUAUUUAUUCUUUUGGGAUGCAAAAUGCACACAGAGUUCUGCUCUGAGGCCACCAUCAUGUUUCAUGAAUGCUUUCCUUCUAAAUAAAUCGUAUUUAUCCCGUUAGCUAAGGACAGCUCGCCCCGUUCGGGAGGUUAAAAUCACCGUUUGACCCCUGUAACCGUCACAAUGUAACCUGCAUUAAUAAAACCAGACAUUUCAAAUCGAAAGAAAGGUCGUUUUUGGUUGUAAUGUUUAUUAUGUUCAUCGGCUGAAGGUUUAAACAUCUUCAGCGUCAGUAAACCUGAGUCACUCCCGUUGUAACUUUACACUCACGUUAGUUUACAGUACCUCGUAGACGCUGAAGCUCUCCAAGGAAUACUUUGAGAAAAAUGCUUAUUCACUUUUUCUGCGUAGUUAUAAAACAUAAAACUCGUCUGAAAAGAGCUUCAGCUAACGCUACUCAUGUAGCGCCAACGGGGUUUCCACAUCCUGGAAAAUGAGAGGACAAGUAAAACAUCUUGGACUAUCUUGUGUUUUUCUGAACUAUUACAUCAACAUUCUCCUAUUUCCCUUUAGCAAAGGAUUACAUUCAAGCUAACUAUCAGAGCUCCCACAACAGCUAACGUUGCUACGGGCUAAGUUGUGUUCAGGGUCAUGUCGCCAUUCUACUGGGAGUUACGCGGCUGAGCAUUUUGGUUAAGUCGUGUAAACUCUGAACAACAAUCCACCACCGUAGAUAGCUAUGCUAAUGCUAACGUGACAUUAGCAUAUUUGGUUCACUUCUUAAACGUUGAAGUGCCUGCUAACUUGAGACUCAACGUUAGCUAGGAGCGUUGGUCUCCAAAGUGUGGAGAGAUUUGGAAAAUAACAAUUAAUGGGUAAAAAUUGAAAGAGACCAAACACCGGCUAACGGUACUUUUUCACAUUGCUAGCAUCGUCUCUUCAAACCAGUGGCGGUGCGUCCAUAGGGGGCGCUAGGGCGCCGCCCCUCUUAAAAUUUUGAGAUGAAAAAAAAAAAAAAAAAUUUGAAUAUAUCCUGUCAAAAAACAUUAUAUACCAAAUCAUUUAAAUAGCACAUAAACCGUGUUGAUGCGCUAAAUGUGUGUGGGAGACAGUCAGCCUGUCAACAACCACUUAAGUUAAAUGUGACAGAAAUAAUAUAUCGCCACUCAUCACUGAGAGAAGCCCCUCCCCAUUUUCGGGGCGCCAGCCCAACGUGUGUGUGCGGCAGCGAGCAAACAUUUCACGGUCGUUUCGGCAAGGACGGCUUCUCAUUGGCGGAUGAAACGUGAAUCUUGGGGCGCAAAAAUGUGCGCUCUGGCCAAUGAUAUCGUUUUAUUAUUUCACGUGACUGGAGUAUUCGGCAGAUCAGAGACGGAUCGUUCCCUCAGCCAGAGAGCUCCACGGAGCUACGCGAGCAGGUAGCUAACGGAGCUGUUAGCUGGAGCUCAGUGAGUAAUGCUGUUUAGUUUCUCCUGUCUGUUGUUCCAAAGGGACUGAAACUCUCUGGACUACAACGGGGUGAGGGGUCUAAAGAGCUGCAGACAAGUGGAAAGCACAAAUCUUAACGCAGUUAUCUCGCUAAGAGCAUGGAGCUAACUCGCUAACAGCAUGAAGCUAACAGCAUGAAGCUAACCCUGUUUGCAGAGCAGCAGAAGGAGACCGAACUGGCAUCGAAACACAACGAAGAAGUUCUGAAAAACAGACACAUUCCCUCCAGAAUAAUGAAACAGGCUGGUUACAGACAUGAUGACUUUAACCAGAGAGUUAUUGAGACGUUUGCCCACUUUAAAGAGAGGAGCUACUUGUCUUUACAGUAGUGGGUCUACUCUGUCACCCAAUGUAACAUGUGAUCUCUUUCUGACUCUAUUCUGCUCUGAACCUCUUUCAUGUGAGGGUGAAACUCUUUUAUUCUGUAAACCUCUGAAACCCAACCCAAUGUUCCUUAAAGUUGCUCUGAACCUCUCAUGCCCAAAGUUACAGUGUGUUGAUAGUUGUUGUUGGACCGUGUUGAGCACGCUGUGUUCUUGAAAUAAAGCUUUGUUUUUUACAAUAUUCUACUCAAAA